AUGUCUCAAGUUCAACAACCUCACUCAAGUGGAGAUGGCAAUGAACAUAAGAAGGCUUCACCACCACCACCACCACAACCACUACCCGGAUCAUCAUCAUCUUUACAAGAAUAUUCAUCAUCAUCCUCCUCCUAUCAUUUCAAUGAUCUACCCAAUGAAAUGUUCUUUUUAAUUUUAUCUUAUUUGGAUCAUCGACAACUCAUUGAUGUCAUGUCCCUCAGCAAGAGUUUCCGAUUGUGGUCCUUUCAAUUUCUUCUCUCUCAUUUUCAUUGUACUAUCCAUACGGAUGAAUACAGUAGCGACAUGGAAGAGAUGAUUCAUUGCUUGAGAGUUCUUUUACAAACUCCCUUUUCGAGUGAUCAGAGAAGAUGUGAUGGAUAUUAUAGUAUUGGUGAAUGUACUAAUAUUUCCAAACAGUUAAAGACUUCCUUCUCGAGAGAAUAUUUGAAAGAAAUGGUGAAAUUGUUGUUGAAUAGCUGUACCAUGUCAAGAUUGGAUUUGACAUGUUUCAAACAAUUAGUUCCAGUGUUUUUAGGAGAUUCGAAAAUUCAAGUUUAUGGUAGUGAUGGGAUUCUGAGAAGUUUAAUACUGAACAAUGGAUUAAGACAGAUCUAUCUCGAUCUCAAACCUGAUUCUGAGAAUGUCACACGGCAGUGGACUUUUGAUGAUUUUGCAAAUGUGAUAGGAACGGAUGCUCUCUCACAAAUCCAUAAUUUAAAUGUUUGUGGAUUACGUGGAAAAUGUACAAAUGUGUUGGAAAAGUUGCAAAAUAUUCGAGUAUUGAAUUUGAGGAGUGAAAUGCAAAUUCCGAUGGAUACGAUUGUGUCCCUGUCACACCUGACUCAUAUUUAUUUGAGACAUUAUAGAGUUGACGAUUUUUCCACAGAAAAGUCUCAUUUUGAUCUUGAUCUAUUGUUGAGAAAUGUGCACAAACUCAAACAUUUGACUGUUCUUGAAGUAGUUGCCGAGCAUAAGACAUGCACUCUCGUGGAUGAUGCAGAAAUGAGAAACUCGCUCAGUAAUUCCUACGUGAAAAAACUGACCAUUAUUUGUGAACGUCUUCAAAUUGAAUCAUCUCAUGAGUCACACCACCGAAUAUCGUCACAAAUUUUACCACAUUUGAAAGAGGCACAGUAUCUUUUUGCGUUCUCAAAUUUUAAAGGAACCACAAAUGACGCUUUUGCCUUGCUUGUACCACAAGGUGUGGAACAACUUGAUCGAUUAGUACUUUCUGAAAAAGUCGAUUCCAAUCUCUUCUCCACCAUUAAAAUAAGGACACUCGUUAUUUGGGGUCUUACAAAGACAAUACCUAACAUGAAUUUUGAUGAACUUGUCGUAGGAACACGCUUCAAAAAGUCCGAAUUUUUCCACAUGGAUGAACUCAUUAACAAGAACAGAUCAGAUAUCACCUCUCUUAGAUUUAUUAAUUGUGUUCAAUCGGGGAGAAGUGUAAACACUUGGAAGACGACAUCUCUUCUCAAACACCUUACUCUUGAAGGAUGUACGGUCGAUAUUGAGUGGCUUGUGAAUUUAUUGCAAAUGUCACAACACACACUGGAGACAUUGAAAUUGGAGAGAUGCAAAAUAGAGAAUCCCUUAUUCAUUGGAGGUAAAAAAUUAAUGAAGGGUCUAGUCGACUUUCCCAAGCUCACAGAAUUGCGAGUCAUUGAUUGUACCAACCAGGAAUUCUUCAUUUCAUGUUUGCUCCAUGCGACAUUUAAGCAAUUGGAAACUCUUGAAUUAGUGGAUAUGUGUAAUGUUGAAAGUGAAAUUUUAAAAACUUUAUUAACGAAUCUGGUGGAAUUGACCAACUUUAAAUUUUUCAAAUUAACAGAAGCUUGCAUUGAUGAUAGCAUGUUAACAACCAUGAUCACCUUGUCUAGAGGAGAAAUUAGUGCCACUGCCACAAAAGGUUUAGUAACCAUUGAAGGACUGUUAUCGGUACCAGAAGAAUUGUUUUCUACAAUUUCAUCCUUUCAUCUUCCUGCAUUAGAAAUUAAUUCUGAAAAUAUUGAGGAGUAUUUUAAAGUAUUGAACACGUUUUCGACAUUAACUCUGAAACGAUAUACCAUUCGAAUUUCAAGUAUUGAAUUAUAUUGUGAAAUUUUUAAUUAUUUGAAAGAAAAAGGUUUCGAUUUGGAACAGUUUAAUGUGAUUCUCUCAGAUCGAUUGAAUGUGACAUCAAAUUCAACUCUAAAUUCGAAAAUUGCUAAAUCCUUGAAGAGUCUCAUUGAAGCAAUGAAAAGUUUGAGAGGCAUGAUUUUGGAUUGGUCUCCAUUUCUUUCCAGUGAUUUGGAAGAAUUUAAACAAGUUUUAAGAAAAUCAGGGCGCUCAUGUCCCAAGUUAGUAUUUCCAGUUUCUUCUCUGAACUCUCUAAAGUAUCCACAAACCAAUCACUAUCAAUACUCUGUAUCCAACUUUUCAUGCACUUGCAUGUAA